GUGGUGGGCUGGGCUUAGACAACUCGGCCCAAACUAGUGGACUUGGCUUAGACAACCCGGCCCAAAACCAACUUCACCUGACACUCCUUGAUUGCUCGACAGUUGCCACGUACACUAUACUAAACGUAUCGCGCCAUUUGCUUUCUCCCCAUUUUAAAAAUUUUCCCCAAAAAAAAAAAAAAUUAAAAUAAAAUAAUUCACAGCACCACCAUUUUCUGUGCCCUAGAACCCUCCCUUCUUCACUCUCUCUCCAAUUUUCCAGAAACCCGCCAUUUUCAUCUCUUUCUCUCUCCUUAAUGACGCCACAUUCCUACUCUCUCGAUUCCCAAUCCAAAUCCUCCGACCUCGCCGGAAAAUUAUUCGCCGCCAAUUCUCCGGCGCAAAUCGCCACCGUAAUCACCGCCGUCGAAUCGCACCUCUCCGUUCACUCUCCCGACCAAAACCGCCAUUUCUUCUCCCUCGCUUUUCCUGCUUUUCUCUGCAAGUUCUUCGGCUUCGACGUUUCUUCGUCUUCUCCGCAAAAAUCGCCUUCUACUGCAGCUGGUUGGAUCGAUACGGUGUCGUUUUCUAAUGAUUCUGAACUCGCUGGUAAACUUUUUAGCCUUUUGUCGCCUAAUGGAACCCUAAUGAAUUCAAUUAUGGCCGUUGAUCGAUUAUCUCUUGUGAAAUUUGUGUUUCCUGUUGAGAGGUUGCCUGAGUGGGUUAGGUUUUUGCUUUCCAGUGAGAAAGAAUGUCGAAUUAUAUCUGAUUUGGUUCCGUUGUUUAAGGGGAGGAUUAAGGAGGAUGAAAUUAAAGGGAAUUUUCAGGUUCAUUUGAAUGUUUUUGAGUACUUGAUUUUUUGGUUUGCUUAUUAUCCUGUUUGUAGAGGUAAAUGUGAAAGUUCUGGAACUGUUUCUAUUAGAAAUAGUAGGAAAUCUAAGCUCGAGAAUUGGGCUUCGUCGAUUCCGGUGAUUUCGAGUGGUAGUAAACGCGCGCCAGAGCAGAAAACUGAUUGUAAUUUGUAUUUGAAGCUUUUGUAUGCCUAUUUAAGUGCUUUCGUGCCAAUGAAUGAUUUGAAUGCACAUCAGCCUUACCGUAGUUCACUUCUUCAUUACUCGCCGAGUUAUGAUGAUUCUGUUGUUUUGAGAGCUGAGUUUUGCAUUGAGACCUUGGUGCACUAUUGGUUGGUGGAUAGUGACUUCUCGCCUUUGGCUGUGAACGUGUGCAAAUCGUUUGGUUUGUCGUUUCCAUUUCGCUCAGUGUUGGGUGAGACACCCCCUGCUUCAGGAUUGGGAGAAGUGGUGAAGUUGUUUGUGAAGUACUUGAAUUUGAGCUCGGUGGUGGUAACUGAUGGGUCUAAGCAAGAUGAGUAUAGUGGAAGUCCAAUGCACAAGAAGUUGGGUUCCAGUGAUCUUAUGAAAGUUAGGGAGGCUCCUUAUGUUUUGUCUAGCUUGUCAUCUAGUGGAUCUUGGAACUCCCACGUACAAAGGCCGUUGUAUAGAUUCAUUCUAAGGACUUUUUUGUAUUGUCCAAUGGGGUCCUCUUUGAAGAAUAUUUCCGAGGUUUGUUCUGUCUGGAUUAGUUAUAUUGAACCAUGGAGGCUUAGCAAGGAAGAAUUUGCAGAGUUUGAUACAAUGGAAGAUGCCUCUAAGAAAAGGCCAGACAAAGAACGUGGUGAUUCCAACCAGCUGCAAUAUUCAAGUAAUUGGCAAGGCUAUGUGCUGUCUAAUUAUCUCUUCUACACAUCGUUGGUCAUGCAUUUUAUUGGUUUUGCUCACAAAUUUCUUCAUACUGAUGCUGAAGUGAUUGUCCAGAUAGUAUCAAGGGUGAUAGACAUAUUAUUAUCUUCAAAUGAGUUACUAGAGCUCAUAAAGAAUGUCGAUGCGGUUUUUCACUCAAAAAAUGCUGGGUCUAGCAAAUCAGCUCUUAGUAACCUUAACAAAUUUAUUCCACAGAUUCGUGAGCAACUUAAGGAUUGGGAGGAUGGCUUAAGUGAGACUGAUGCUGAUGGAUCCUUCUUACAUGAGAACUGGAACAAAGACCUUAGACUCUUUGAUGAUACUGAGGAUGGUGGCUCUCAGCUGCUGCAGCUGUUCAUAUUGCGGGCGGAGACUGAGCUUCAGGCCAUCUCUGGUGAUAAUCUUGCAAACAAUCUCCAGUGUUUGCAAUCUUUGAAGUCAAAGUUACACUGUUUAUUUGGUGACCAUGCUGUGAAGCAGUCUCCAAUGUCUCCGAGAACAAAACAGCAACAACAAUUCCGUGAUGAGCUAUUCAAGCCUAGAAGGGUGGGUAAUGUUUCAGUUGCCUAUGAUAACUACAAGGGUGAUUGGUUGAAGCGGCCCAUAUCAGAUGACGAGGUUGCUUGGCUUGCAAAGCUUCUGAUCCAUUUCUCCAUCUGGCUUAAUCAAACUUUAGGGCUAUAUCAAGGAGGAGUUGAUGGUAGUUGUCCUUAUGUGGAAGUACCAACUGACGUAGUAAAUGAGUGGGGUAUGUCUGAUUUUCUUAAAGUGGUGGUGUGUUCCAUAGCAUCUUGGUUUUUGGCUGUGCGUUUGACAAUAUCUAGGUUGAUGAUAAGAUACGGACUGAGAGUGAAUCUGAGGGUCUUUGCCUCUAAGAAGAUUGUAACAGUGGUAUUUGUGUUUGCACUGUUCAGCAUGCUGAGGAGAGCUUUUAGGUCUAUUUGGUAAAUGUGAUUUAGUACAUGAAAGAGUAGAUAAUUUGGAAGUCUGUCUAUGGCAAGAUUUUGGGGCUUAGAACUUUCUCUGUUACUGUAAAUACAACUUGCACACAUGUAAAUCUGGUGAAUGAUACUGGUUUUCUGUCAGUUAAUUACCAUGGAACUGGUUUCGGCUGAUGUCCAUACAGAAAUCUAGAGGACCAGAGGUAUUAUUUUGGAUUGUGAAGGCUUGAAGCUUUGGUCUUUUUUUACUAUUAAAAAAUGCUGAAAUUUUUGGUUCUAGAAGUGAAUUUGAAAGGACUUUCAUGAAUGUCUAAAUGUAGUUCAUGAGGCAAUUGAGGCCUGAUUCUGGCGACCAAGGACAGGUUAAUGGAUAUCAGAAGGCCUGAGUUCCAGUUUAUUUCAUAAGGAAAAAAGUAGGUAGUUUUUAUAUUGCAAAGGUGUGGAACUAUACAAAGGUUGUUUUGUAACAAACCUAUUUUCAGGUUUGUUUUUCUUUCUUUUGAUUUUGGCAAAGUCAACAUGUUCUGCACUUCUCAAGUUCUCAUAGAUGAACGAUGUAUUACAGCUAAUGACCUUAAUACAUCUUACUGCGUAAAUAUGCAUUUAGUGAUGAUACCUUUUCUUUUUGACAAUUAUGUCUUGGUAAUAUACUCGAUUAUGGUUUUCUGAUGAA